GACAGUUGAGAAAGACAAACGCUGUCUUGAUUCCAAGGGGCUAAGAGGGUAAGAAAGCAGCAGAGCCGGGGGUCAUCGCAGUCCUGAGAAAACAUGCAAAGACUCGAUGAGGAGGUGGACAGCAGACAUGAGCUGAGAGGUCAUUUGGCUUUAUUUAGAUGAAAGCAAUAUGAUCAGGAGUAAUACAGACAAUUAACUUUUUGUAUGAGCAAAACAUGUUGAUUAAGACGUCGUCUGUCAUUCAGAACUGAACUGAGAAUGUCUUUUAUAUUUCACAUCAAUCUCAGACUUAGCAAACAGGAAGCAAAAGAGAGUUGUGAAAUAAUAAUCAUUGUCACGAACCAACCUCAAAUAACUUCUCUUAAAUUGACCAAAUUCCCAAUAACCAAAAAAAAUAAAAAAAAUAAAUAAAUACAAAUAUUUUACUGCCUCAUCUAAAAUAACUGAGGAACUCAAAAUGAAUUUCCUGUUUUUAAGGAAGUGACAGACAGUGUUCAUCUGUAGAGAGAGCUACGGCAGAUAACGAUUUGUCUCAUAUCUCAGUCACCAUCCAGCUCAAUCAUGGACCAGAACACAACCAAUUCCACUCAAGAACUUUGUGGCUUGUCUGAAAUGCCAGCUCGUACAUUCUUUAUAUCUGUAUACUCACUGAUUUUUCUGGCAAGUCUGGCACUAAACAGCCUAGCAAUAUAUGUGUAUUUUUGUAAAGCUACAAGUCAGUCCAGCAUCACAAUCUAUCUCAAGAAUCUGGUUAUAGCUGACUUGUUUGUCAGCCUGUGUUUGAUAUUACGCAUUGCCAAAUAUGCAAGCCGUUCAGUGGAAAUUCUGCAUAUCUACUGUAAGUUUGGUGCUCCAGCUUCCUACCUCAACAUGUACUGCAGUAUUCUCUUCAUGGGCUACAUUGCUGCAAACAGGUACAUGAUGGUUGUACGGCCACUGGAGACUCACGUGUUGCAAACAGUCCGCUCGACCAACUACAUCUGCGCAGUGACCUGGGCUGUCCAGUCGUGCUUUGUUUUUGUCUACAUCGCUGUUUUUGUCAGUACUGAAAGGAAAACUCUCCACAGUGGUUUCAACUGUGAAAACUUUCAUAACAGCGUGCUCAAACAGGUCUACUUGGUCAUGCAGAUCACUUCCUUUUUAAUGUUUUUGUCUGUGUUGAUAUCACUGAUUCUGUUUUAUUGGGGGACUGUACAGAGGCUUCGAAAAGCUCAGCGCACUAUGCCGGAGCAGCCUGGGAACUCUAAGCUCAGCAAGUCAAAACGUAACAUGCGAGUACUGGUGGUGGUUUUCAUCGUGUGUUUUGUGCCCUAUCAUAUGGUGAGACUGCCGUACAUGUUCAUCAGUCCCCAGCUGCAUGACUGUACAGCAGCUCAGGCGUUCUACAUCAUAAAGGAGCUGACCGUCCUGCUUGCGGUACUAAAUGCCUCCUUGGAUCCACUUAUUUACUUUGUCUUUUGCAAGACCUUCAGGGCACAGCUUAACCUUCAAAGAUUUCGACAAAGUAACUAGUAAGUUGAGUUAACGGUGAAAUGUGUGAUUUCGGCACGAAACGGAACUGCAAAAAUGUAGGCAAGAUAUGGGUGUGACAUAUGAGCCCUACAUGGGAUUGUGCAUGGGUCCCAUGUCAGCCCUAUCUGAAUUAGACCCAGUAUGUCCCCCAAAUGGGUUUGUCCACGGGUUCUAUGUUGGCCCUAUCUGAAUUAGACCAAUCUGAAUUAGGCACAGUAUGGGCUGACGUGAAACCGAUGGAUAAACCCAUUUAAGGCCCAUACUGGGACUAAUUCAGAUAGGGCUGACAUGGGACCCAUAGACAAACCCAUGUAGGGCCCAUACCUCACGCCCAUUUUCUGCCUACAUUGGCCCCGCCAAUAAAUGUUGGCUGGAAACAGGUUCAUUUGAAAUCACUAUUUGAUUUGAUUGCUUUAAUGACAGCAGCACUUGAGCUGCAUGAACUCCACAAGUUUGUGUAAAACCUGAUGAUCAUGUUCUCCUGCAUCAUUUGAGAAUUUUUUUGCAUCUUGAGCUUUAAUGGAAGCAAGAACAUCUGACUGUCUGUACAAAGGAGUUUAUCUAUAUCAGUUUACUUAUAGUGACAUAGCAGUAGUGCAGAAAUAUUUCUUUUCAUUUUAAGACUUCAUUUUACUUUAUUUAAAUAUAUUAAAUAUACAAAUAUAACAUGAUGUCCGCCUUAGGAAAAUGGGCAUCUCCAUGCUUUAUUCAAACAUUAUUAAAAGAUUUUGUAAGCAUAUUGAUUUUGUAAGCAUAUUGCAUUAGGGUUAUAUAUAAUAUAAUUUUCCCCCUUAUAUAUUGAUGGUUUAAUCAAGCUUGUAGGGUCAUUAAGAACAAAUUAAAACAAAUUAUUACAAUAAUAAUAAUAAAUGAUGCAGUUUUAUUACAGUCUCAUAUUCCACGGCGCUCAGCAUGGGGUGAGAGAGGAAACCAGCUUAAACUGUGCUUGACAAACACAACAUCCAUAUUUAAGUCCCCUUUGAACUCCCACUGAAUCCUCAUAUGGAGAGCUAAUAAUAAUAAAUCAGAAAAGCUCUUUCUGACAACUGUAAAUGUUCAGUAAAUGUCAUUUUGUAAAUGUUUUUGUGUUGUAUUACUUUUUAUUGUGUAAUGUAUUUUAUAGGAUUUGUAUUGAUUUGAAGUUAUUCAGUUUAAACUUGAAUCCUUACAUGGCGCUUUUAAGUUGAAAAUAAAAUAUACAAAGGACAUACCUGAUUUUAUUUAAUAUUGAGGAGGUAUGUUAAUAAUUCACAUAAAAAUGGAAAUUUUGUUAUAUUUCCCUGAUUCUCAUGUUUUUCCAAAAUAUGAUUUUCUUUUGUCUCUGGAAAAAAGCAAAUAUUUUUGCACAAUGUCUAAGUUGAUUUUUUCCAUACAUUCGCACAGCCAAGCUCCAGAAAAGACAAAAAAAAAAAAAAAAAAAAAAAAAUUGCACUAUAUUCUACAUUUUCGAUAAUGUUGUGAAAUGAAUUUAUUUGAAAUAUAAUUUUUUUUGUAACAAUGUAAAAGUCUUCACUGUCAAUUUAAUGCACCUUUGCUGAUCAAAAGUAUUCAAUUCUUUACUGACCGCAAACCUUUGAAUGGUAUGGUGUACAUUAUGUUUACAAAGCAACAUAUCUGGUUUGCAUGUCCUAUGUUCUCUAUAUUAUUCUUUUUUAAAUAUUGUCUUAUUUAUAUUGUCAUAUUUUGUUGCACCUUAUGUUGUCUUUCACUGUUCAUUGAGUCUCAGAAAAAUGCUAUUUCAUUCACUGUAUACUUGUAUAUGUGCCGAAAAUAAAGCUCUUUUGAAUU